ACUCGCGCACCCUCUCCCGGUGCUCCCCGGUGCUCAGCGAUGCCCCGAUCCCGGAUCCCGGUGCCCGCCGCAUCCCCCGGCCCCGGCCGUGCUGCAGCCCUGCUCGGGGCCCCGUUUCUCCCGCACCGCCUCCCGCCGCGGCCUCCACAGCCCCGGCUGCUUCCCGGGGCCGCCCGGGCCCCGUUCUGCCCGCACCCCGCGGCUGCCCCAAGCACCCCGUUAUUUUUGGGCAUUGCUGCCGUUUCGGGGCGGUUUCGCCCCGGUUUGGGGGGUCUCCGCCCCUGGCGAGGUGCGGGAUGGAGGAUUUGGAGCCUGGGAGUUGCUAAGCGACGGCUCCCGGGGUGAUGGUGCUGUUGCCUUGGCAACCGCGGGCUGGGAGCCUGGAAGGAGCAGUUUUGGGGUUCUCCUUGGGGGGAGUGUGGGUGUGAAUUGGGUGCCCAUGGUUUGGGUGGGGGGCUGCAGCAGGCAGGGAGAGCAGGACUGGGGGGCUGCUGGCUGGAGCAGCCCUGCUCCUCUGGGAAGAGCUUUUCCUUCGAGGGGAACUCCAAUAUCUCAGCAUCUCGGGUUAUUUUUAGUCUGCAGUGGAUUUUGGAGCUGUUCCCAGGAGAGAAGUGAUGGUGGGGAAGGUGAGGAGGGGGCUUGAAAAGGUUCAGCCCCUCCUGGGGUGGUGUCGUGGGUGAGGGGCUGUGGAACCCCCACCGUGGGGCCACGAGAGCUCCCCCAGGAGGUUCUGCUUUAUCAAGAACCCCCUUUUUAUCCCUGCUGCUGUCCCCCUCUUCCCCUCCUCACGGCAGGCACUGAUCCCACAAGGAUUUAGCCCUUAAUUCCCAUGAGGCACCAGACUUUGCGAGCUGGCUCGGCUGGGGGUGGGCUGAGCUCCCCACGAGGGACAAACAUCCCAAGUGCCAACUGCGGUUGUCAUUCCUGUGCCUUCCCCCUCCAUCCCAACCAGCUCGGCUGACUCGGGAGCACGGCUGGGCCUAAAAAUAACCACGGCAAAGCUCCCCGAGCACUGACACCCCCCUCCCUGGAGAUCUCCCGGUCCUACAGAGCCGAGCUGAUCCCUGGGAGGAGCAGGGGACAGGGGAUGGCCGCAGAGGGGGAUGGAAAUGGAUUUUGAGGGGCUAAUGGGGAAGGAGCCCACCUGCCCCGCUGCUGCUCCUGGUUUGCAAUGCCCUUUGGGAUGGAUUCCCUGCAUCCCAAAGGAUGGAGGGGGCGUGGAAUGCGGCGACAACUACUCAGAGAAGUUUUGCCUCGGGACCAGCCCGGUGUGGAAGCGCUGGCACCCGAAGUGACCUGGAUUUGUGCCACCUGCCUUUGCCUCCAGCUGCCCACGGGGCUCGUGGCUCGCUCCUGCCCCGUGGAUCCAGGUCCCAAUUAAUGGAUUCUGACAUGGAUUAUGAGAGGCCAAACGUAGAAACCAUCAAGUGCGUCGUGGUCGGGGACAACGCGGUGGGCAAGACCCGGCUCAUCUGUGCCCGUGCCUGCAACGCCACCUUGACCCAGUACCAGCUCCUCGCCACCCACGUGCCCACGGUGUGGGCCAUCGACCAGUACCGCGUCUGCCAGGAGGUGCUGGAGCGCUCCCGGGAUGUGGUAGAUGAUGUCAGCGUGUCCUUGCGCCUCUGGGACACCUUUGGUGACCACCACAAGGACAGGCGCUUUGCCUACGGCAGGUCCGACGUUGUGGUUUUGUGCUUCUCCAUCGCCAACCCCAACUCCCUGCACCAUGUGAAGACCAUGUGGUACCCGGAGAUCAAACACUUCUGCCCCCGCGCCCCCGUCAUCCUGGUGGGCUGCCAGCUCGACCUGCGCUACGCCGACCUGGAGGCCGUCAACCGGGCACGGCGACCCUUGGCCAGGCCAAUUAAACCUAAUGAGAUCCUUCCCCCAGAGAAGGGCAGGGAGGUCGCCAAGGAGUUGGGGAUCCCUUAUUACGAGACGAGCGUGGUGGCCCAGUUCGGCGUCAAGGACGUCUUUGACAAUGCCAUCCGCGCCGCCCUCAUCUCCCGCCGCCACCUGCAGUUCUGGAAGUCCCACCUGCGCAACGUGCAGCGGCCCCUGCUCCAAGCCCCCUUCCUGCCCCCCAAGCCCCCUCCUCCCAUCAUCAUCGUCCCAGACCCCCCUUCCAACAACGAGGAGCGUCCAGCUCACCUUCUGGAGGACCCCCUGUGCGCGGACGUCAUCCUGGUGCUGCAAGAGAAGAUCAAAAUCUACGCACACAAGAUCUACCUCUCCACCUCCUCCUCCAAGUUUUACGACCUGUUCCUCAUGGACCUGAGCGAGGAGGACCAGCAGAGCACCGCGGGGCACGGCUUCGGGGUGGCCGUCACCGCGGCCGCCGAGCGGAUGCUGCACCAGGAGGAGAGGCACCACGGGCGGGAUUUCCUCCUGAGGGCCGCCAGCUUCGACAUCUGCGAGAGCGCCGAGGAGGCCGGACCCGGCCAGCGCAAACCGUGCCUUAGAGCCUCCACCAGUGACGGCAUCCUGCGGGGCAACCGCUACGAGAACGGCGAGCGCGGGCUGCGGCGGGGCCGGAACCUCUCCUCGUGGAGCAGGGCCUUCACCAGCAUCCAGGAGGAGAUGGCCGAGGACCCGCUGACCUACAAGUCCAAGCUGAUGGUGGUGGUGAAGAUGGACGCGUCCAUCCAGCCGGGUCCUUUCCGGGCCGUGCUGAAGUACCUGUACACGGGCGAGCUGGACGAGAACGAGCGGGACCUCAUGCACAUCGCUCACAUCGCCGAGCUGCUGGAGGUGUUUGACCUGCGCAUGAUGGUGGCCAACAUCCUCAACAACGAGGCGUUCAUGAACCAGGAGAUCACCAAAGCCUUCCACGUCCGGAGGACCAACCGGGUGAAGGAAUGCCUGGCCAAGGGGACUUUCUCGGAUGUCACCUUCGUGCUGGAUGACGGUGCUAUCAGUGCCCACAAGCCCCUGCUCAUCUCCAGCUGCGACUGGAUGGCCGCGAUGUUCGGCGGCCCCUUUGUGGAGAGCUCCACCAACGAGGUGGCACUUCCUCACACCAGCAAGAGCUGCAUGCGGGCGGUGCUGGAGUACCUGUACACGGGGCAGUUCAGCUCCAGCCCCGACCUGGACGACAUGAAGCUCAUCAUCCUCGCCAACCGCCUCUGCCUGCCGCACCUGGUGGCUCUCACAGAGCAGUACACGGUCACUGGCCUGAUGGAGGCGGCGCAGAUGAUGGUGGACAUCGACGGGGACGUGCUCGUGUUCCUGGAGCUGGCUCAGUUCCACUGCGCCUACCAGCUCGCCGACUGGUGCCUGCACCACAUCUGCACCAACUACAACAACGUCUGCCGCAAGUUCCCCCGGGACAUGAAGGCCAUGUCGGGAGAGAACCAGGAGUACUUCGAGAAGCACCGCUGGCCGCCGGUGUGGUACCUGAAGGAGGAGGAUCACUACCAGCGGGCGAAGAAGGAGCGGGAGAAGGAAGACUACCUCCACCUCAAACGGCAGCCCAAGAGGCGGUGGCUCUUCUGGAACGCCUCCUCCUCCCCUUCUUCCUCUCCUUCAUCGUCGGCAGCCACAGCCUCCUCUUCCUCCUCCUCCUCCUCCUCCUCGGCUGUGGUUUGAAAGCCCCGUCCUUGCCCUGGCUCCAGCGUCCCUGGGAGGAGACGGGGAGGAGGAGGAGGAGGAGGAAGGGUGGGAUGCCCUGCCCCAGCGCCAGGCGUGGAGGGCACUGGCCCCGCAGCAGACGGCGGUGGCCGCGGGCGGUCGCUGGGGAGGGCUCAGCCCUGCUCUCCCCGCGGCAGGACUGGCAGAGCCCGAGCAGCAGGAGAAACUCACGUUUACAGGAGCACGAGGGCUGUGUUGUGGUUUCAUUUCAUGUGGAGUUUUUGUUGGAAAUCGGUUUUGUUUUUUGGAACAUCAUCAGCAUGAGGAAGAAGAAGAUGAAGAAGAAGAAGAAACACAUCCAGCUUCCACUUUGAUUUGGAACCAGAAGCUCUGGGAUGUGGUUUGGGUGUCUGAUGGCAUCUCACCACCUGGAGCCACCGUGGGGGUCCUGCCACCCCCCUGGACUGACAGCAGGGUCAGGCGCAGGGCAGGGGACCCUGGUCCCCAAAUGCCUCCAGGCACUGCAGGAUUUCCUCUACAAGUGGGGUCUGUCCUAAUUCAGGGCACGGAGGGGACUGGAGUCCCCUCCUCCCUGUUCUUAACUCUUCAGUUUUGUUUAGACAGAAACUUAAAGCAAAAAAAAACCCCAAACCCAAACCCACUCCCUCAAUCUGCCACACCAGAAACCAACCCCGAGCCCUUGGCUUGGGAUUUUAGCCUGGAAGGCUCCAUUGUAAUAAAUGGUAUUUUAAAA